UAUCUUCAUCUUCUCCUUUUUUUUCUUCUUUCUUGCGUCUUGAGAUCAUAUCCUAGUGUGCCUAGAUUAGUCAGUUAUUCGCGAUCGCUUCCCCGGAUUUGUUGCCGUGGACCAGGGUUGAGCUGGGACUGGACUGGACUGGACUGGCCAGGUCUGGGUUUAAACGCUGGAGAUUGGAGAUAGACUGGGAAGUGCCCGGAAAGUGACUGGGAAGAGACGGGAGGCUCUCACCCCCCUGCCUUCGCAAUCUUCAGCCCAAGCCGGAUUGAAUCUCGCGCGACUGUCGCAUCUUUUUUUCCACCGUCUCCCCCAGUCCAACUAAUUCCCAUCAAGCAUUUGUCUUCGAUACCCGAGAUCACUAAGAUCGCGUCCCCAUCAUACCCGGAACGCCGGGUCGAGCUCAUCCCGUCGUCAGACUAUAUCCAUCAUCAAAAUAGUAGUAUAGGUGACGUAUCAUGGAUUCUUACUUGCAGAGUGUGUCGGACCCGUCGUCGCAUUCGUCGUCUCCCGAGAUGUAUGCGCCCGCCGUCCCUCAAACGGCGCCGACCAUCUCACCACCGGGAAAUCCCGACUCGCGGGGACCUACUCAAACCGUACCAGCAGCUUGUCUAGCUUGUAGAGGCAAACAUCUCAAGUGCGACGGCUCUAAUCCAUGCUCGCGAUGUCUCUCUUCGAGUUCUGAAUGUGUCUACAUAGCUUCCCGUCGCGGGUACAAGGGGCCGAGGAAGAAUUCCACAGCCAACCCGAACAAGCGACAUGCUUCAGAUUCGCCGCCCUCGGCUGGCUCUGAAAGCUGCCCCAUGUUGCUGGGUGCUCAGGUUCGCACAACUGUACCGGCAAGUAUGGCAACCUUCACUAGGGCCAUGACCAUACCAGAUGCUCCAGUGUCGCCGUUUGUGGCGCCACCCGUGACCAACAGUCUCCAGGUAUUUCGGACUCCAUAUGCCCAAGAUAUCAAUGGGGUUGUGGCCACCGUCAACAGCCAAGCACCGCAGAGAUCGAUCCCAGAGCAAUGUAUCGACGCCUUCUACUUCUACUUUUACCCCGGACACCCUGCUGUUCUGCCCAAGGCACACAUUAUGAACAUGGCCAAGGAAAGGAACAUCGAACAUCUCCUCGCGGCCAUGAGAUGGGUGGGGUCCUUGUAUCUUCCGAUUGGCCCGGCUCGUGCUACCUUCUUCGAGGAGACGAUGCGACUCCUGUACGCCCCCGAGACCCCUAAAGAUGGCUUCCUAGUGCAGGCUAUGAUUAUCGCAAUUAUCGGCCUCGACGGUUGUCGCCAGAACGACAAGGCGAGAGAUAUCCUCUCCGACGCAGAACGAAUAGCCAUCGAGCUUGGUUUAUACACUCGGCCCUACGCCACGACGCACGGGUGCGGAAAUCCGAGACUCGAAGAAAGUUGGCGACGGACGUGGUGGGAUUUAUUCGUCGUAGACGGGAUGAUUGCCGGUGUCCAUAGGCAGACUAACUUUCUCCUAUAUGAUUUCACGGCGGAUGUCGGACUUCCAUGUGAAGAACAUGAGUAUCUUUCAGGGAAAAUCCCCCGUCCCAUGUAUCUGGAAGACUUUGACGACCAGCUCUUCUCAGGUGAAGACCGAGAGUUCUCGUCUUUUGCGUAUCGUGUUGCCUCUAUUCGCAAUCUGGGCCGUAUGAUGCGUUUACCAGGCAGUGGCUUCUCACCCGAGGAAAGCGUCGACAGAAUCGAAUCUCUUCUGUCGAACUGGAGACUCCAUCUACCCAAGUCGAAGCGAGACUGUCUGAAUAAAGACGGACAGCUCGACGAGAUGAUGUUCCAGGCAUUUAUGAUCAAUCAUGCCUGCACCAUCAUCCUCCACCAGCCCCUCUCGCAGCUAGACUCCUCACCAACCCGCGACGUAACAGCCUGCGCGCCUCACCGCGCAGUGCAAAGCGGGGAUAACUUCAACCUGCACACGCGGCACAUCAUCAGCGCAGCAUGUUCCAUCAGCAAAAUGGUAACGUACAACGUGCCGAUCACCAGCCACACGCACUUCUUCACCUGCGUCUUGACGCUAUCGUCGAUCGUGCAUUUGAGCAAAUGGGCCGCGGUCUACUUCAUCCAAGACGAGGAAGACCUACGACAACAGAUCCGGCUGAACAUCGGGGCGCUGAAUAAGCUGAGCAGCGUGUGGCGCGCGGCGGAGACAGCAGGUGGACAAGUAAAGGGGGUGGCGCAGGAAAUUUACCGCUCGCGCAAGGCGCAGCAGAACAAUCCUCAGUUUUGGGAGGGCCUUACGCACGAGCAGAUCCGGAGUACCAUGUCUGUUGACGAGGGGAUCAUGUCUGAGAUCAAUCUUUUGCCGUCGGCGCCUGAGCAGGUGAUGCCCCCUCCGUAGUCGAGAUUUAAUCAUCCGACUGAGCAAACGACAACAUGCGAAGCAAUGAUCUGUGGCCAUCGCACUCUCCACAUACCACUCAUUCAACAGCAUCGCGUAUCACUUCGAUGUAUCAUCAAACAAGCAAAAAAGGGGUUUCCCUCCAGGCAAGGCAGGAAACGGGAAAUCCCACUCGGGAGGAAGGAGUCAGGCUAUUCAUUUUCCUCAUCUCUCUCC